AUGAGACCGACGCGAGUGAACGCGUUGCUCGCUCAGCUCUCGAUUGGUUGGCGUUUCCCGCGGAUCACUCGGCGGUCGCGCGAGAGUGAACGCGUUGCUCACUCGGUUCUCGAUUGGCUGGCGUUUCCCGCGGAUCACUCGGCGGUCGCGUGUGAGCGAUUGUUUUAUUUACUCGACGAUCGAUUGGUUAUCGCUCAAGGUGAGUGGGAUUCGAGACUUCCGUGUGAGAACCGUACUGAUAAGAAGCGGUCAAUGCUCUUUUCAAGGAAAGAACAGAAAGCCAUGAAUCGAGCGCGGAGGAUGAGAGGCGUGCCUGACUUAUCCCUCGAGGUCGAAGCUGACGAAGAGUCGGGAGCGGGGCCUAUGAACAUCCUAGACAUGUUCAAUCUGGAUGGAUCCGAUCCCAGCAACCAGCCUGCCAAGAAGAAGAGAAGAAAGAAGAAGGAAUCGACUGGAAUAUCCGUCGAGAAAUCCGCUCAGGAGUCGACAGAUGGCGGGCAUGAUUCUGAGUCAGACGGCGUCCCUACUCUAAGGGAUGAGUCGGGGGUCCUGCCGCACGCGGAAGAGACUACGGCCGUGGAUCGAGUAAACGACGAAUCCCUUCCUGAUCUCCCAACUGAUCCGGUGGAUCCUUCGUCUAACUCUUUGUCCAAAGGGAACUCCGGGAAGAAGAAGGAGGUGAGGGUUACUCUGGGUUCAGUCGCGGCGCCUCUAAGUGAUGUCGCCCCUUCAAUUCCUGAUCUCGAGACUUCACCCACCUCGGUUGAUCGCCCGAUUACUCGGAGGUUCAAGACCGUCUUUCCCGAUAAAGUCUCCUUCUCGUAUGACGAGGCGUCUCCGCUGAUCUCCAACGGACCUAAAUGUGCUGAGCUCGUCGGUCAGAUCAGGGGAGGUCCCUGUAGUCUCCCGCUUGCGGACCAGCUGGUCUUUUCCAACGCCUAUAAGGACGCUUCGCGCAAUUUUCUGACGGCCGAGGGUAGCUUCAAUUUUCUCGUGGAGAAAUACGAUUCGGAGCUCAAGAGGGCGUACGCCGACUCGGGUGAAGCUUCCGAAAAAAUUAAGGACGGGAAGAAGCGAAUCAAGUCGCUGAAAACCUGUUUGAAGCGGGUCAAAGCUGAGAAGGACGAGGCCACCCGUGGUGCAGAGAACGAGGCGAUGCGAGCUGAGGAUAUCUCGAGCAGGUUCGAGUCCAUGAGAGCUGCAGCGGCUAAGGUCGAGGAACAGAAGGCCGUUCUACUGGCGGACAAGGCGCGGCUCGAGCGCGAGAAGCUUGAACUUGUUGAAGCUCAUGCUAAGGAAGCUGAUCGUCUAAGGGAGUCUCGGGUCUUCGAAGUCACUCGGGAACGGGCUAGGGUGACCGCCGUGAUGUGUGCCAAGGCAUACGUCCGAUACGAGCGGAUCCGUAACCGGGAAAACUCGUUUCCGCAGUUUGAUAAUGCUCGGAGAGGAUUGACUACUUCCAGCGCAAGGAAGAGCACUGGCUUGCGGUAG